GAUUCCGACGGGGAUGGAGCAGAAACACAUUCUCAUGUCAGCCUUGAGCGUGGGGCUAGGCGUCGGCGUCGGUCUCGGAUUGGCCUCGGGCCAGGUGGUUGGGAAGUGGGGCUCGCCUUCGUCCAUUAAUUCCGAGCAGAUCGAGAAGGAGCUGCUUCGGCAGAUCGUGGACGGGAAGAAUAGCAAAGUGACGUUCGAUGAGUUCCCGUACUAUCUUAACGAGCAGACAAGGGUCUUAUUGACAAGUGCUGCCUAUGUACAUCUAAAGCAGGCCGAUUUUUCAAAGUAUAUGAGAAAUCUUUCCCCAGCAAGUCGGGCUAUUCUGCUAUCUGGACCCGCUGAGCUUUAUCAACAAAUGCUUGCGAAGGCUUUAGCUCAUUAUUUUGAGGCGAAGCUCUUACUACUUGAUGUGAUCGACUUCUCUCUAAAGAUGCAGAGCAAAUAUGGCAGCAGCAGUAGUGGCAGUAAUUCAUUUCGGCGUUCCAUCUCUGAGCUGACACUUGAGAGAAUGUCAAAUUUGUGGAAUUCCUUCUCCGUUCUGCCAUCUCGUGAGGAGACGAAAGGCUCUUUUGCAGGCAUGUUACGCAGACAAAGUAGUGGCUUGGAACUGCGGUCGAGAGAUUCUGAAGGCAUGCAAAGUAGUCCAACACUUAGAAGAAAUGCCUCUGCUUCUUCAGACAUCAGCAGUCUUGCAUCCCAAGGUUCUCCUGCUAAUCCAGCUCCACUCAAGCGUACUAGCAGCUGGGCAUUUGACGAGAAGGUUUUUAUACAAUCCCUUUACAAGGUUCUGGUGGCAGUCUCGAAAACAAAACCUGUUGUACUUUACAUCAGAGAUGUUGAGUGUGUUCUCCUUAGAUCACAGAGGGUCUACUCCUUAUUUCAGAAAAUGUUGGAUAAGCUCUCGGGAUCUGUUCUUAUUCUUGGCUCAAGAAUUUUGGAGCCUGGUAAUGAUUGCGGGGAAGUGGGUGAGAAGUUAUCUCUCUUAUUUCCUUACAAUAUCGAGAUUAGGCCACCCGAAGAUGAGGGUCAUCUUGUUAGUUGGAAGGCUCAAUUGGAAGAAGACAUGAAAAUGAUCCAAUUUCAAGAUAACAGGAACCACAUUACAGAGGUCCUAGCCGCAAAUGACCUUGACUGUGAUGAUCUUGGUUCUAUCUGCGUUGCUGAUACAAUGGUUCUGAGUAAUUACAUAGAAGAGAUAGUGGUUUCUGCUGUAUCCUAUCAUCUAAUGCACACCAAGGAUCCUGAGUACAGAAACGGAAAGCUUGUUAUCUCAUCCAAGAGUCUCUCUCAUGGAUUGAGUAUAUUCCAAGAAAGCAAGCUUGAUGACAAAGACACUCUGAAAAUGGAAGCAAAUGCAGAUGCCUCCAAGGGGAACGAGGAGGAAGAUUCAGUGGCUUCUGUUAAGCCUGAAGCAAAAAGCGAAUCAUCAGCACCUGAAAACAAGGGUGAGGCAGAGAAGUCAGCUUCUGCAGCGAAGAAAGAUGUUACUCCUGCUAAGGAAGUUCCUCCUGAUAAUGAGUUUGAGAAGCGUAUCAGGCCUGAAGUCAUUCCUCCAAAUGAAAUUGGAGUAACAUUUGAAGAUAUAGGUGCCCUUGAUGAUAUAAAGGAGUCACUGCAGGAGCUGGUUAUGCUUCCCCUUCGGAGACCUGACCUCUUCAAAGGAGGGUUGUUAAAGCCUUGCCGGGGUAUACUACUAUUUGGACCACCUGGGACUGGUAAAACCAUGCUUGCCAAGGCGAUAGCAAAUGAAGCCAAAGCGAGCUUCAUCAAUGUCUCCAUGUCCACCAUCACCUCAAAGUGGUUUGGUGAAGAUGAGAAAAACGUCAGAGCUCUCUUUUCUCUUGCUGCCAAGGUUUCUCCCACGAUCAUCUUUGUGGACGAGGUUGACAGCAUGCUUGGGCAGAGGUCCAGAGUUGGCGAGCAUGAAGCCAUGCGCAAGAUCAAGAAUGAGUUCAUGGCCCACUGGGAUGGUCUUUUGACAAAGCCAGGUGAAAGGAUCCUUGUUCUCGCUGCUACAAACAGGCCAUUUGACCUUGAUGAAGCAAUUAUCCGACGGUUUGAGCGCAGAAUUAUGGUUGGUUUACCAACAGCAGAAAACAGAGAGCAAAUCUUGAAGACUCUCUUAUCAAAGGAGAAAGUGGAAGAGCUCGACUACAAGGAACUUGCUACAAUGACAGAAGGAUACACCGGCAGUGAUCUGAAGAAUCUUUGUACAACCGCUGCAUAUCGUCCUGUUAGGGAGCUACUGCAGCAAGAAUUGGCCAAGGAACGAAAGGCGAAAUCUGAGGAAGAGGCAAACAAGACAACGGAAGAAGGUGAGACUUCUGAAGGGGAUAAGGAAGAGCCACCAAUUACACUCCGGCCUUUGACGAUGGAAGACAUGAGGUGGUCAAAGAAUCAGGUGGCUGCAAGCUUUGCAUCUGAAGGAUCUGUAAUGAAUGAACUGAAGCAGUGGAAUGACCUAUAUGGUGAGGGCGGUUCAAGGAAGAAGCAGCAACUCACAUAUUUCCUGUAGCAUGGAUAGAACGAAUGAGUCGCUUCGGCUCCUUUCUGGCUACUCUUCUCUCGAAGGGUACACGUCUUCCACGGUUCGCUCGGAAGGGAAGUCUUGUAGACAACUGCAACUCCAAAGAAAGCUCGCUAUUUUUGUGGGUCGCAGUCAUUUGUGAAGAUCCUAUUGAUUAGUAGAGGAGAUUGAGAGGCUGUCCAAAUUUUAGUGUAUUGGUUCUCUUUCUUUCCCAAAAAUUUUCGCGGUUUCAUAAUAUAUAGCUUCUGUACGUAUUUUGCUUAGGGUGGUGGUUGUCUAUUGCGUUUAGUAAUAAAGGGUAUGAAAAAUUGGAGACCGGAGUCUCUAUGUCCAUGUAUCAAAGUGUAUCAACAAAUGAUAAAUGAAGCUUGUGUGCUAUAUAUUUUUCUUUUCUA